AUGGCCGUCCUCGUCGAGGCGGGGAAGGCCGACUUGGGCACCGCCGUCGCGGACAAGUGCGGCGCGGAGGAGAGGCUGCGACUGGCGGAGGCGGAGGUAGAGCGCGUGGCGGAGCGCGGGAGGAAAUUGAAGGAGGCUUUGGAAACCCGCGUGCGCGAGCUGGAGAGAGAGCUUGAGGCGGAGAGGGAGGAGCGCCCGGAGUCUCACUCGCCGCCGAACCGGCAGAUGCCUGCGGACUCAGAGGCGGGCGCGCUGCGGGGGGAGUUGCAUGCCGCCGCCGAGCGGAUUACGCAGCUUGAGAGUGUAUGCAAGCAGCUUGAGCGCGAGAAAGAUACCCUUGCCGCGGGGGCUGUGGCAGCGAGCGAAGCGGAAAGUGCGGGGAGUCAGAAAGAAAGCACGCUACGGGAGAGUGGGCCCGGUGCGCAUUCACUCGUCCAAGUCGACAAGGAUGUCUUUGAAAAACAAAAAGCAGACUUGUCCCGCCUGCAGGAUACUGUCGCGCGUCUGGAAUCAGAGCUGCAUUCUGCGAAGGCCGCGAACGUCGCUGGUGAUGAGCUCGCUCAGAAGUCGAAAAGCGAGCUCGCUGAGACAUCGAAAAGGCUGUCAAGUGCUCAAGAAGAGCUCAAGGCCGUGCAAGAGAAUCACACAAAAACAGUUGAAGAUUUGAAGAACCGUAAAGCAGAGGCGGAGAAGAAGCUUGCGAACGCCGAACGGGAGGUCGCCAGGUUUAAAUCAGAUCUUGGGAAGAGCGAGGAAGCAUUGCAACAAGAACGCCACAACGUCCUUCAGGUUAAGCAGAAAGCUUCCGAGGUCGGCUCCACUGUCGAUGACAACAAGAAAAUCUUGGAGGCCAAGGUAGGAGAGUUGGAGCGGAUUAUAGCGUCAAAGCAGGCAGAUAUUGUGCGAGUGAGAGACAAGGCCAAGUCGUACUUGAGGGAUAUCAACGCAGAGAAACGCGACAUGGAGGAGAGGAUGCGACGCGAGGCGGAGAGCUUGCGCUCGCAACUCGUAGAGGAACAAAACAAGUUGAAGGAAGAGGAACAGCGAGCUGAAAGCCUGUCCACAGAACUCGACAAUUGUCUCGCGCUUAUCAGAGAAAAGCAGAAGAGUUUACAAGUGCUGAAAAUGACAAUAACAACUGAAAAACGGAGCGCGGAAGAGGCACGACGAGAGAUAGAGUCCUUGCGUGCUGAGUUUGGUGCAUACAAAGGGAGAGCGCGUAUCGCACUGCAAGAAAAGGAGACGUCUGCUGAUGCAUCAGAGGCUGCAAUAGACUCGGCGACAUCUACGCUUCGAACCGAAGUGGAGCUACUGCGGAAGGACAACGUUUCCCUCGGCAAGCAAAUCGCAACUUUGAAGCAAGCUGAUUCUCAGAUGAAUGCCCUCCUAGAUAGAGCACAGAAAGCGGAAGCGGCAGUUGAUCUGCUGCGAAAAGAUGCGACAGGGGUAUCGACGACAACAUACAGACAGAUUGAUGCGCUUCAGGAGAAGAUUGCAUCUCUCGAGACGGAGCUGACAGCUGCCCGGGCAUCCACUGAAGAUGCUGAAGCGCGACAAGAAACCACGAUGAUGCGCCUGGAAGCUGCGGAGAGGGCCCUACGCGGAGCUGAGCUCCGAGCAGAGGAGGCCGGAAAAUUGUCGGUUAAAUCAAUCAAGUCAAUGAACAAACAAAUCGAAUCACUCAAGAGCGCGUUGAGUCGUGCGGAGCUGUCGUCCGCUGCGGCUCAUCGGACUGCUGCAGUAGCUGCUAAAGCCCUUGGUCCUGCACCAUCCCAAGAGGACGAAACUGUUUCUAGCUCGGGGAGCCGUGCGCGAAACCAUAUGUCUCCUCAACAACAAGAUAGCAUUGCUAGUGACAGAUCAUCGUAUGCGAGCCUAAGCCCUAGAACGAUGCAUAUGGGUCGCUCAUCACUCGCUGUUGCGAUGGAGAAGCAUACGGGCCUUUUUGGUGUGGAUAGUAAUGAGAUUGUUGAUGAGGCGAGCUUGGAAGCACGAGAUAGGCAGAUUGCAGUCUUGAACUCGCAACUUGCGGAGCUUGGAGCUCUUCUGGAUGAUGCUCAACAAGAGGGUGCCCUAAAGAGCGAGCAAACAGACGUCUUGAAAGCAGAAGUCAAGAAUUUGGAUGCAAGGCUAGCUGCUGCGGAGAAGCUUCAAAAUGGCGCACCCUUCAGCUACCUGCGAACCAUUGUGGUGCGAUAUUUGGAAACUGAUGAUCCAACUCUACUGCCGGUUGUUUCGAAUGUUUUGAGUUUCACAAAAGAAGAAGAAGCACGCAUCAAGGGUCGAAGGGGAUCGGCAAUGCCCUCUUCCACUCUAUCCGCAAACUCACAAAAGUCUAGAUAUUUUUCGCUCCCAUUCUUUGCCCCGCGGUGACGACGUAGGAUGUAUACACUAGAUCCAUCAGCGAGGUCCAAUGAAUGUUCACGCAGUUGUAAAAAUAUUAACAGGAAUGGGCCCAUUGCUGGUAAGACAGUCUUCUAGUCUUCAAGGUCAACCACGUUCAGUAACACACGUUUCCUGCACACAUGGAUAAGCUUAUUUGUUUUCGUGCGCAAGCGCAUAUAAAAGCUACCAAAAAGGAAAACAAAGGACGAUUGCAAGAUUAAAAAAUAACCAGUGUGGGACUGCUAAAUUUCGUAUUUACUAGCUGAGUCCUCAUGGACUGAAGAUAUUACAAGAAUUCGUCAAGGCUCAAAGGUGUCAAGUCGAACGCUACAUUGGGAGUUACGCUUACAUCUUCUGUACAGUACACUGUUGCGAUAGAACGAAGCCUUGAUGCAUAGACAUGUGAAAAUGCUUUGAUCGUCUAGACUACAAGCGUUUUGAGAUAAAAUGUCACUUAAA